AUGGAUUCCAUCACCCAUAAAUUCUAUCCUGUACACGGCAUUGAUUCUAGAGAACAUCUGGAAACAUAUUUAUCUAACAAACCAGACAUGGUCUUUGGAGAAGAUGCAAUUAAAUUUCCAAUGGAAUGUUUACACCGUGCUUUCAGUGAGGGUCACAUUAAGGGAGACAUUUUGAUUGACAUCAGUUUUGGAUCCUACAUUCAUCAUCUAUAUACAGCCAGUGGAUAUUUCAAACAGAUCCUUGUGCUGAAGUGCUCUGAGCCUUGUAUUAUGGAGCUGAACAAAUGGAUUAACACACGUACCGGAGCAUUUGAUUGGUCUCACAUAAUGCCAUAUAUUAAAUGUCUAGAAGGAAACAGAUGGGCCGACUUCAAGUCCCGCCUCAAGGGCAAGAGGUCUGCGGAGUGGAAUGCCUCGAGGGCAACAGGGGGAGAUCCCGCUGCCACUGUGGAAUACACAGAUCUUGAGGAGCUGGUGAUAUACUGUGAAUCUCUGGAUGCCCUUGAGAGUUACAGGAAUCGGCAACUCUUGGAUCGCUUGAAGCUUCUCGGGGUCCAUCUCCAGGCCGGAACCAGAUACGAUAUACCCCAAGAACGGACUGGAUUUAACUUCAAAGAUGCACUUUUCCAGUUUGCAAUACAGCCAAUUAUGCAAACUCUGCCCCACAGGAAAUACAAGAAUGAGGAGCUGAAUGAGCAGCAAGAACCAGGCAAUGACCAGUGUCAGGACAAAGAUAUGACAUUGAAGACAGCAAUAACAAAGAUCAUGAAAUGUGACAUUGACAAUGAGAAUCUCACAGACCCGGAGGUGCUCCCACCAGCAGACUCUGUCUUCAGUGCAGCUUUCUUGGAUUUCAUCAGCAAAGACCAAGAUGAUUAUAUAAAUAAUUUCAGAAAAGUUGUGAAGCUACUAAAACCUGAAGGACACCUGAUAUUGUUUGGGAUUUUAAAUACAACUUAUAUGAUGGUUGGGCAGGACAAGAUACAUGUGUUCAGAUAUGAUGAGAAAUUUGCAAGAAAAGUUCUCACUGAUGAAGGAUUUGUUAUUGAUCAUUGUGCAGUCCAUAAAAAAACAGCAGAUAGUGACCUUAUGGACUAUGAGGCAUUUAUGUUUAUUACAGCUCAUAGAGAGUAAUAAGGGCCUGAUUCUGAGUCACAUGCUGUGUUGGGUGCAGUUGAGCAUUUUCUUUAUACUGCGCAUGUGUCUAAAUUGCACUGUGCAUACAUCCUGAUUGUGUUUGCACACAGAUGAAGUAGCUUUGAAACACGCAUGUAGAAGUGUAAUGAAAAUGUAUUAGGUGUUACCAUGUGUGGUUUCAGAGAGGAGGGGGCCCAUAUACAGGUUCUGUAUGGGCCAACGCCUCUCCGGUGGUGCAGUAGACUCUGGCUUCGUGCCACAGUUUACUCUGCAUGCACAGGUCUCUGAGAACUUGGCACCUGCACCUUGUUCCAGGGAAAUCUCUACUGCAGAUGCGUAAAUCACAAGGAUAAUGGCCACGGAGGACACUUUCCCUGUGACUUUUUGCAGCUCUGCAGCCAAUGCAGGGACAGCGGAGUGAUAAGUAUAAUUAUAUGGGUGCAGGGUGUGUGGUGUGUGGGUUUGAAAACAGGGGGCAUGGUUCACAAUCAUACCUGUGAAGCCAUGCCCCCUUUUGCCAAGUCCAUGUCCCCUUU